CCUGUCGCUGUGCAUCAACAAGCUCAAGACCAAACACGACGCGCAACGUCACCUGACCUCCACAACUCUUUUCUGGCUGCCUGAAGCCAUACGAGACGAUGCGGCACCGGUAGCGACACGCCAAAGAAACUCGAUGCGCGGCAUACUUCCUGGACGGCCGCAGGCUAAGCUGCAAGCUGUCGCCCACGGCUUGUGGGAGGGGGUCCAAAUCAUUGCAUACAUUUCUGGCAAUUCCCUUAUAAUCCUCGACCGCCCCGAUCACGUUAUACAGACCAUCUACAUCGACGAGGAAGAUGAGCUCGAAGCUGUCGCGGUCGACGAAGGGACUGGCAAGCUUGCUGCGUGCUCGACGCGCAACAUUUACAUAUAUCAGCCAUACAGCGUUGAGUAUGGCGUCUACAAGUGGUCGCUGCAGGGCAGCAUGACUCUUCCGGACCCAGACGACUCGAUAACGACACUCUCAUGGGGGAUGCCAGACGAGCUGCUCGCUGGUAGCGGAGCGCUCACCCUCUUCAACACACACGGCACAAUUGAGCGGAUCUGGACGAAGCAGCUUGCCAAUACCGUCAAGUUUGCCCAUUUCUCCCCAGACGCUGAAUUGAUUGCAUCGACAGGCAGAUACGACCGGCUGCUGAAGAUCUGGCGACGACUCGCAUUCGGUUCGGCAGACGAGCGGUUUGACCACUACUACCUUCCACAUCCUCAGGCCAUCACGGGCAUACAUUGGCGGCAUCCUCACAAGGACCAGACAACCGACAACGUACUGUACACAAUAUGCGCAGACUACAAGGUGAGGGUAUGGGUGCCUGGGGAGCACCAUGGAGUCGAUGGUAUGCAUUUGUGGACAGAAGUGGAUUUACUGGGCUCGAUCGAAGCAGGGCUGGUAUCGCAGGACAAGCAGUCGCAGAAGCGAUUUGCGUUCUUCAUUGACGGGAAGCACUUCACACACGCGACGGAGAGAGCGAUGGCACAGGCCUCGGCUGAGGAGAAGAGUCAUGGCGUAGCCCUGCACCAUUUGAUCGAAGUCGCCAACCGGAGUCCGGAGAUCUGUGUCGUGCUUGACGACCAUGGAAACAUGUCAGCAUGGGGCUUUGAAAAUGUUGGUGCCAGGGUCAAGAAGGUCACCGACGUAUUCAACAUUGCGCAUGUUGACGGCUUACAUCUGCACUUUGCCAACCAGCCGAAAGCUCUCGAAGACAACGUCCAAUUCUAUGCAUUUAUCGGCGACGCGCCCAACUCUGACUUCACAUUGCUAUCACACCACUUCGAUGGCCGGAUAGAGUGGCUCGAGUCGCGAAUCGAUUACCUCUUCGAUCCGUCCCCGCAGACCCAGCGCAUACAACGGAAAGCCAUCUGGACCGGGCACUCACAUGCCAUAAAGAAGGUCAACCGUACGGCAAGCGGGCGAGCCUUGGUCUCACGAACAGUCACCGACGAGUGCAUAGUAUGGACCCAGAGGCCGGCUGAGCACGCAACAACUCUACACCGACACAGUACCGUCAAGGUCAGCGAGCAUAUUCACAGAACGGCACUACUGCAAGACGGCAACUUCUUGGUCUUCCUGCAUCACAAUCACAUUGCUUUAUGGGACACACGGGGCCCUCUAGCAGUGGAAGUCAUGAGGCUCGAGUACAAAUUGCAGGGCAAGCCUCUGUGUCUACUCGCUAUUCCUGAAACUGAAGUUGGUGGCCGCUAUGUCCAUAUCGCGACGAUCAGCUCCGAAAUGAAAGGCAUUUGCUGGGAAGUCACCAUGCCUUUACUCGCUCAUGAUCCUGCCACUGGUCGCAAGCGCUCGAGCGUUGUACCUCACACUAAUGGCUACACCAAUGGACACACUGAUGUCUCUUUUGAGCAAUACAGCACGUUUGACCUGGGCUCGGAGAAGGACCUUGCAUUUGUACUGCCAGUCGACCCUGCCGGUUCAGCGCCAGUCAUUUCAGGCUUCCUCGAUACGUUUGCACGAGACAUCGCAAUAUCCUACAGCAAGUCUGGAGUUAUCAAGUCAUGGACGGCUCGUGUUGAUCCCGAAGCGCGCAAGAUCGACUGGCUUCUUACCUCGACCGUCGAGACCAACAUGCAGAACCCAUCGUUGGCGAGUGGCACAUCGAUUCGGAAGGCAGCACUCGUAGACGCCGAGAAGACGACAUUGACGAUCUGGAACACCAGGAGUGCGCAGCUUGAGUACGAAGAGACUUUCACCGGACAAGGCGUUAUCCAAGAUCUUGAUUGGUCGUCUACUCCGGACAAUCAGUCAAUUCUAGCUGUUGGUUUCCCACACCGGGUGGUCAUCUACGCGCAGCUGCGUUAUGACUACCUCAACGCAGGUCCAUCGUGGGUCCAGAUUCGCGACGUGCGCAUUCGCGAUAUUACACCCCAUCCUAUCGGUGACUCGGUGUGGUUAGGCAGUGGCAACCUUGUCAUUGGAGCCGGAAACCAGCUUUUCAUCCAGGACGAACACGUCAGGGUGGACGAGGGGCUGUUCCCCAGUCUGAGGAUGAUCUCCCGCAAGACUGCUUCGAUUGACAUUUUCACGGCAGUCAGCAGACUCAAUGGUACACUCCCCGCGUACCAUCCUCAGCUGUUGUCGCAGUGUGUGCUGUCUGGAAAGGUCAUGCUUGUUCAGCAGAUCUUGUUGCGUCUCUACCAGAAGCUGAAGUUUUGGACAGAGGGCGAGGAGUUUGACAGCUCUCUUGGCUUUUCAGCGGAGGACUUCUCUGAAGAUGAGACAAACAUGACCGCUUCGAGGAAGGAGAUGCGGUCCUCUUACAACGAUUUCUCUGACAACGAGGACCCAGAGACCGUGACGGAGGAGGUAGCUGCCAACCUCAAAGACCUCCUAACGACCAAGCAAAUGCCUCUCUUGUCGAGCCGCGAACAGUUCCGUCUUGCAGAUAUCAUAGAAUGUAUAGGCAUGGUUGAGAAGCAUAGGCGAUCUAUCGAUGACAACGCGGGUCGCUUCAUGCUUUUCUUCCGGCAACACGUCCUGAGCGAUGCACAGAAGGAGCCUCUCUCAUGGCGUGAGACAGUGUGGGCUUUCCACUCGGGAAGUCAGGACAUCUUGCUUGACCUUGUGAGCAGACAUUUCAACGGCAAGAUGAUGUGGCAGCAUGCGCGGCAGUGUGGCGUGUUCAUGUGGAUGUCUGACAUCAAUGCACUGCGCGCACAAUUCGAGGUCAUUGCCCGCAACGAGUACACGAAAACUGACGAGAAGAACCCGGUCGAUUGCUCGCUAUACUAUCUUGCUCUGCACAAGAAGGCCGUCUUGGUCAGUCUGUGGCGCAUCGCGACAUGGUCCCGAGAACAAGGUGCAACCCAUCGACUGCUAUCUAAUAAUUUCCAAGAAGAGCGAUGGAAGACUGCCGCCUUGAAGAAUGCGUACGCCCUGAUGGGAAGAAGAAGAUUCGAGUACGCGGCAGCUUUCUUCCUGCUUGCCGACCAUCUCCAAGAUGCAGUCCAAGUGCUCUAUAACCAACUCGGCGAUACCCAGCUCGCCAUCGCCGUAGCCCGCGUCUACGGCGGCGACGACCACCCCGUCCUCCUCAACUUCCUACGAGACAAAAUCCUCCCCGAAGCCGCCCGCGACGGCAACCGCUGGCUCGCAACCUGGGCCUACUGGCUCCUCGGACGUCGCGACACCGCCGUCCGCUCCCUCGUAACCCCGCUCUCGCGCCUCCUCUCGCCCCCGCAAACCCCAAACUUCCACUCCAAAUCCUACCUCACCGACGACCCCGCCCUCGUCGUCCUCUACAAGCAACUGCGCGAGAAAUCCCUCCAGACCCUGCGCGGCGCCACCAUGAUCGGCAUGCGCGAGGAGUGGGACUUUGUGCUGCACACCGCCGCGCUGUACACGCGCAUGGGCUGCGACGUGCUCGCGCUCGACCUCGUGCGCAAGUGGGAGUUCCUGCUUACGCCGCCGCCGCGCACGGUGCCCGGGCGUCCGCCGCUGAGUCCGCUCUUGCCCCGCGACAGUUUUCGCGCCAAUGGGCCGCAUCAGGCUGCGGCGGAUUUCGACUUUGAUCCCAGGAAGUUGCUGCGCAGGAGGAGUAGCUUGGUGGUUGCGGAUUUGCCGGCCAGGGAGCAUGUUAGGAACGAGUUGGCGCAGAAUGAGGGUGGUGUUGCUGAGGAGGGUAGUGAUGCUGAAGAGGAGGACGAGGAUGGAGAUGAGGAAGCCGGGAGCGACGAAGAGGACGAGGAAAGCGAGGAAAGCGAGGAAGAGGAGGAGCCGGCCAAGCCUGCGCCCAAGAAGCCACCGCCGACACAGUUCCAGGAGCCGGAUGCGAAUAGUCUGCUGGAUGCAUUUGGGUUCUAGGUUGGUGUAUGUCAAGAGCUAAUGAACCACCCUCCGUCUUCUAG